AGCUAAGUUGCUAGCUAGAAAGGCAAAAAAAAAAAAAGGUUCUUUGUUUUCAGCAAAAUAAACUGAGCACUCAAUGGAGAACAGAUUAGAGAACCGAAUUUCACCUACGCCGUCGGACAUAACUAAUGGUUCAUUGAACGCAGCACAGGCUGUAAAUGACGAGGAGCUAAAAGGAAGCAACGAAAUUAAGGAUGGUGUUUUAACAGAAGAGAUGGUUUCAGAAGGUCUAUCCCAUUUUGGAAGAGAUGUGACUGGGCAGCAGCAGGUUCCAUGCAGCCUAUCCCUACCUAGUCUUGAUCUCAGAGACAUAUCUGUGUUAUGCAACUAUGUCCAUCUUCAAAAGUUAGAGCUGCCACACAACAGCAUAAAAGAUAUAUCCUGUUUGACCUACAUGCCCCACCUUGUCAUCUUGGAUGUGUCUUACAAUGAAAUCUCCAACUUCUUUGAAUUCCAGCCCCUCCGGUACCUGCAGGUGGCCAAUUUCUCCCAUAACCACAUCGGAGACAUAAAGGAUCUGGCAGGUUUUUUGUGCCUACGUAAGCUGAAUCUCGACUACAACUGCCUCUCUGAAAUCAGUGGUAUUGAACAAUGUGUAAUGCUCACCCAUCUCAGUCUGGCUUUCAACAAAAUCAAAAAAAUCAGCAGCCUGGGCAGGCUGCCUCUCACACAUCUCUGCCUGAGGGGAAACCAGCUCAGGGCUGUUGAAGGAUUGGAGAACUUAGAUAAGCUGCAGUUUCUUGAUUUGUCUAUGAAUAAAAUCAACAGGCUUUCAGGCCUCCAGAACCUCAGCUGUCUGUGCUCCAUCAACCUGGAGAAAAACAAGAUUUUUAAAAUUUCCGAUUUAAAACAUGUCAUUGGUCUACCACUGCUGACGAAUAUCAACCUGCUGGACAACCCUGUGCAGGAGCAGCCUGACUUCAGACUGAGAGUCAUCUCCCUCCAGCAGCAAUUGACAAUACUAGACCAGGAGCCAGUCAGUGUCAAAGAAAAGGUGUCUUCAGUGAACAUGUUUGACCCUCCUAUGGAUGUAUUAGCAGCAGAAGAUCACAGGACGCACUUAGUUUAUCAGAUGGGACAGCCACAGGUCCUCUACUAUAGUAACUCACCUGCUUCAGAGUCCCCUGACCUAAUGCUGGUGCUGACGGGCCCUGAAGGAUGUGGUAAAGAAGUGCUGGUUCGCAGACUCUGUCAGGAGUUUGGUGAAUACUUUGGUGUUGGAAUCUGUCACACUACACGGAAACCCUACAUUGGAGAGGAGAAUGGGAUUGACUACCAUUUUGUCAGUGAAGAGGACUUUCAGAGCUUGGUUCAUAUGGGUAAGUUUAUCCAAACUAUGCAGUAUAACGGUCAUAUGUUUGGCCUCACAAGAGAAGCUAUUGAGGAAGUAGUGGAAGAUGGACUGGUUUGCUGUGUACACAUGGAGCUGGAGGGUGUUUUAAGUCUAAAGAAGACCUACUUUGAACCUCGAUACAUCCUGCUCAUACCCACCCAGAUGGAGAAAUUCAUAAGCCACUUGAAAAGCCUCAAACUCCACCCCCCUGCACAGAUUGAUUUUGCAUUAAAACGUGUGGCUCUGUACAUAAACACCAGCGAACAACGUCCAGGAUUCUUCAAUAACAUCAUCCCAUGUGAUGAUUGGGAAGAAGCUUAUCAGACCUUGCAGCAAGUGGUGAAGGACUACCUGUUAGCUGAAAAGGAAGAGGAGGAAGAAAAGACCAACAGUGGAUUCUUCUCUGUCAGCAGCAGUACAGGUCAUUUUUUAGCAGAGGAUCCACCAUCACCUUAUGCAUCGGAGACACUCCUUGGAUCAGCCCUCGACCCCUCACCCUCCCUCUUCACGCCCAGCUUCACAAAUAUCCAGGCAGAGCUCAGCCCCGAAAAAACAUUUAUUGAGCUGGCCUCCAUGAGGAGGCGAGAGCAGCUGGCUAGGGAAGCAGUUGCUGGAAAGAGACCAGGGUUGUACAGCCAGCUCUUCAAAGGGUACGGCCCUGAUGCGUUUAGUGCCAGCUCCGUUCCAGCAGGUCCCAGGUCAGCCGUUGGCAUGGUUAAACCGCUACAUAAUUCCAUACUGGUACAAACAACAGAACUGCUCAAGGAUAUAAAUGUGGGAUCCAAGUCCAUCCUGCCUCAAAUCCAAACUGAGCAGAAUACCCUUGAAGUCCCCAAGUCACCUCCGUCACCCAGAGUUUUCCCUGAAGAACCAGUUGACAAGAACAAACGAGCAAAUGUGGAGGGGUCAUUUUUAUAGAAGCUUUAGUUGCUACAAAAGAAGAAGAAGAAGAUAUUGAACAGAUUGUCCUUUUUCUACAAGUAAAGAUGCUUUUCUUUAUGGAGAUAUACCUUAACUAAAAAGCUUACAAUUUGUGCUUAGAUUUCAGUGUCGGGGCCAUUUCUCCACUAGUUUAUGUGUUUAGAUUCCUAGUUAACGGUAAUGCAGGUAUUAUUGUCUUAAGUAUUUUUUCUACAGAACUUUCAUAUUGGAUUUUUACCAGUGAUGCAUUAAAAAACUUAUGUAUUUUUGAAUUACAUAUUAAAAACCUUAUAA